GAGAGUCAGAAAUCUUGGAGAAGAAAAAUAGUGAACGGGAUCCCUAGCUUAGCUUGGGGAUUGAUGUUUGGACGACUACGAUUGACGACGACCAUGGCUAUUCGCUCCGUCUCCGUGCUCUUCUUCUUGCUGAUCAUCGGCGGGAGAUGGAUCGUCUUUGCCGAUGGAAGCAGCGGUGGCGCCGGGAGGAACGGCUACUCCGGCGGAGCAUGGUCGUCGGCAGUUGCUCCCUCCAAUGUUGGCUUAGCUGUCGCUGUCACCGUCAUGGCCGGUCUCGCCGUGGCUUUCACCGUCUACUCCCGUAGAGGGAGCAUUGGAUCACCUUGGUCACUGAGGAGAAGGAAGCAUGCGCUUCAACCUAGUCAGUGGAAUGCUUUUUUCACCGACCAAGGCCGACUCAGUGAUGGAGGUGUUAAGUUUCUCAAGAAAGUUCGCAGUGGGGGUGUGGAUCCAAGCAUCAGACCUGAAGUUUGGCCGUUCCUACUUGGAGUCCACCGAAGAAAUGAGCGGUUGAUUGAGGACUGAAACGAUCAUCUUUCAACGAAUUCUUUGGAGAUUGAAGGAAACUGGGUAUCGUGGAGACAUCAUCUUCCAUCUCCGGUCGUCUUCCACACCGUACAAAGGUACCCUCUUGAACUCAAACAGACUCCUGCUCUCUGGUUUGCUUAUCGUCUUCUUCUCAACCGUCGAUCUCUCGUCUGAGCGUUGAUCUCUUCUCCGGUAGCGGUACCAGCGACUAUCGCCGUUGAUAAUUCAUCGCUGCAACUAUGCAAAUCUGUAGAAUACCUUCCUCGAUUACGUAUGAAGAGGCUGCGCUCGAUUUAAUGCUAAGGCGUUACAGAAAGUUAAUCGCAGAUGGCUUCAUCGAGGAAAGGGUAUUGAGUUUUGUUUUCUCAAUCAAACAAUAUAUUGAGCCCGGAGAAAAAACACGUUAGAAGCCAAGAUAAAAGAACAAAAAAGUUUGUUUUCGAGUUGCCACGCGUCAGAAGCCCCUAUCUUCCUGCUGACGUGGAGGGCUAAGGUGAGAGAAAACUCCCCUUUAUUGUAUAAGAUACGUAAUUAUACUACAAUAUGAUUGAAUUCUAUUUUAUUACUUUAGUAAAACUGUAUCUAAGUUUUGAAUUUAAAAAUAUUUGCGUCA